GGUCCAAAUGCCGCCGCGGAUGACGUCGGCGAGCGGCUGGGCCCGUGCCGGUGGAAGGGGAGCGGCGGGCCAACCAACGGACUUAGUCUCUACUCACCCGAAUUCUCAAGGGCUAGCGAUGAUGACCUUUCCAUCGGUCACUUCACGCUCCUCUUGUCCUCUACAACAACUUCGAGUCGUGUCACAUCAGGCUGGUCAUCAUGGCUAGCUCACAGUAUCUGUCGUAUUCAGACCCGGCACUGGCACAGGCCCGCAAAACCCACCUUAAAUUCUUCUGCAUCGCUUUUGCAGCCAUCACGGUCCUGUCCCUUGGUCUCAAUGCAGUCUAUUGGGGCUCCUACUUUCGACAGGAGGAAAACGCUUACCGCCUAACGGUCCGUCUGAUCGAUCUCGAUAGUCAGGCGUAUGGCAACGGCGGUGGUGCUGUUUUGGGACCUGCCGUGAUUCAGGCGAGUCAGCAGAAUAUCGCAGCCAAUCCACAUUACCACCUCGGAUGGCAGAUUGAGGAGAACCUCGAACGAUUCAGCCUGGCAGCAACCGGCGCGCCUGCCAAUGUCAGCACAAGGGGUAUCGAUCCCGAUCAGUACGCCCGAGACCUCGUCAACAAUCAAGAUGUGUUUGGUGUUGUUCUGAUCCGUGCUAACGCGACUUCCGCGGCAAUUGCAGCGUACGAGCAAGGGCUGACAGACUAUGAGCCUCAAGGCGCAAUGGCCUUCUAUUACGAACAGGCGCGUAAUUUCUAUACCGAGGACCAAUAUGUCUCCUUCCAUACCACCCGCCUUCUGUCUGCGGCAAUAGGUCAAGCUACUCAGCAGCUCACAGCUCGGACUCUCGGCACCGCUGCCGCGGCGGCAGGAGGCUUCGACUUCACCGGUCUCUGUCCCAAUGGUGGAGCUACGGUGCCUGCGCUGGGCGCAGCGACGACGACGUCGGCUAUCCCCAUCAACUCGCCAUUUUGGUACUCUACCUACAACCUGCAUCCCUUUGACCAAUUCGCAGCUACUGCGUGUACUACUGCCGGCGCCAUCUAUCUGAUCAUCUUCACCUUCUUCAUUGGUCUGUUCUUCAAAAACACCUUCGACGGGCUGCAUCCCAAGCUCACUGUUGCUUCCGAGGUCCUGAUGAGGAUCAUGGUGCCCAUGGCUGGUUACUUCUGGAUUUCGUUGAUGUAUAGCCUGGUGUCCUUGGCAUUCAAGGUGACCUUCAAUCGCUACUAUGGACGCGUCGGCUUCUUCAUCUACUGGAUGCUGAACUGGGUCACACAGAUGGGACUGGGCUACACCAUGGAGUUCGUCCUGUUGGCCUUUGGGCCUCUAAUCUUCCCCUUCUUCCUUCUGGUAUGGGUCAUAUUCAACGUGAGUCCAGUCUUCCUUGACUUGGCGGAUAUCGACCACUUCUGGUCGUACGGCUUUGUGCUUCCGGUCUGGAACAACGUGGACGCGUCCAAGUCCCUCAUCUUCGGGACAAAGAAUCAUCUGGGUCAGGACUUUGGAGUAUGCCUCGGCUGGAUGUUCUUCUCGAUGGCAGGAAUCAUGGUCAUCACUAUUCGCCGGAAGGGCAAGGCGAUGAACGAGGCAAGCCGCGAACGUAGAGAGAUCAUCAACCGAGUGCGGCAUGGUCAGCUGGAGAAAGUGGGACAGGCUGGCGGGAAGGACGGUAGAGGUGCCGUCUAGACUGGCGGCAGCAACGUCCCUGCGUCGAUCUGCGCUGGUAGUCGGCGCACGCCUUGUACCCCCGGCGCUCGUCCUUUGGCGCAGAUGCGCCUCUUCAUGUCCCUUCGUAUCUCUGACAAGUGUGUACUUUAGACCAUCCCUCUGUCGCUUGAAUGUAAGCCAAGCUUCCCUGUCUUUGGGGAUGACACCCA